UCGUCAACUUUUGGGCCCCUACUAAUAUCCCAUACUUGUGUUUUCAAAUGUUUUCUUCAUUUCUCCUGCAUGAAGUUCUGGAUUCCGUAGCACAAUCGCAACGAAAUUUUGUUAUCGCGACGGUUGAUUCAUAUCACUUGGGAAAGCUUCAUAUGUGUCCUAGAUUCAUGCCGAUAUCGGAUGUUUCUAGCGAUCUCACAAUCGACGUAGGCGCAACAAGUUUCGCACUUCAUAAGUUCCCUCUAGUUUCUAAAAGUGGAAGAAUCCGAAAGAUGCUAAUGGAAGCGAAAGACUCAAAAACGCUACGCCUAAAUCUUCAAAAUCUUCCAGGAGGAUCCGAAUCAUUCGAGCUCGCUGCAAAGUUUUGUUACGGGCUGAACAUAGAGAUCAAUCUAACGAACGUUGCAAAGCUUCGAUGCACAUCACAUUUCCUUGAAAUGACUGAAGAAUUUGCGGAUAAAAAUCUUGAAUUUCGUACAGAAACAUUCUUGAAAGAAAGUGUGCUUCCUAACAUAACGAAUUCGAUCUCGGUUUUACAGCAUUGUGAAAGUUUGUUACCGGUUUCUGAAGAGAUAAACUUGGUUGGAAGAAUUAUUACAGCCAUAGCUAAUAAUGCUUGUAAAGAGCAGUUAACUUGUGGGCUGUCAAAGUUGGAAAGUAACUAUCAUUUGAAACCAGUUUCGCAACCAGAAUCCGAAAACUGGUGGGGGAAAUCGUUAACGGUGCUCAGCCUGGAGUUCUUCCAGCGUGUUUUGACCGCGGUGAAGACGAAGGGGUUAAAACAGGAUAUGAUUGCGAGAAUUUUGAUGAAUUAUGCUCAUAAUUCGCUUCAGGGUUUGUUUUUGAGAGAUCCACAGUUUGCAAAAGGAAACUUUUCAGAUCUAGAGGCACAGAAGAAACAUAGGAUGAUUGUUGAAGUGAUUGUUGGUUUGUUACCAACUCAAUCUAGAAAAAGUACUGUUCCCAUGGCGUUUUUGUCGAGCUUGUUGAAGUCGUCGAUAAUGGCGUCUACAUCAACCGCGUGUAGGUCGGAUUUAGAGAGACGAAUUGGGUUGCAACUCGAUCAGGCGAUACUUGAAGACAUACUAAUUCCGGCCACUUCUCAUGGCAACACUCAUAGUCAACUCUAUGACACUGAUUCUAUUUUCAGGAUCUUUUCGAUUUUCUUGAAUCUGGAUGAAGAUGACGAUGAUGAUAAUAUGAUGAGAGAUGAAGGCGAAAUGGUUUAUGAUUUCGACACUCCUUCGUCCCCAAAACAGAGCUCAAUAGUGAAAGUUUCAAAGCUACUUGAUUGUUUUCUAGCAGAAAUCGCGAUAGAUCCAAAUUUACCGGCUUCUAAGUUCAUUGCCCUUGCGGAAUUGCUCCCAGAUCAUGCUAGAUUGGUGAAUGACGGGUUAUAUCGAGCCGUAGACAUCUUUUUGAAGGUUCACCCGAAUCUAAAGGACUCAGAGCGUUAUCGGUUGUGUAAAACAAUCGACUGCCAAAAACUAAGUCAAGAAGCAUGCAGCCAUGCGGCUCAGAACGAGCGUCUCCCAGUACAAAUGGCGGUUCAGGUGCUCUACUUUGAGCAAAUCAGGCUUCGAAACGCCAUGAAUGGUGGUCACAAUCACCUCUUUUUCGGAUCACUGAACGCCCAAUUCCCACAACGCUCUAGUAGCGGUGCAGGAAGUGGGUGUAUAUCUCCUAGAGACAAUUACGCGUCCGUUAGAAGAGAAAACCGGGAACUAAAGCUAGAAGUAACCCGAAUGAGAAUGCGCCUUACGGACCUUGAAAAAGAUCAUGUUUCGAUGAAGCAAGAACUUGUGAAGUCGCAUCCCGCGAACAAGUUGUUUAAAUCAUUGACAAAGAAAUUGGGGAAACUUAAUACCUUGUUUAAGUUUAAAGAUGUUAGAGGCAUUGGAAGCAGGCCAAAUUCUGAAAGUCGGUUCUUGUUUCAAAAAAGAAGACGUAACUCCAUUGCUUGAUUGAUUUUACCCUUUGCAAUUUCUAUUUGCACUAGUGUGAUUUGUGAAUAUGAAAGUGUGUAUAGUGGUGGUAGUGAUUAUUGCUUGUUGUGAGUUCUUUUUGUGUUAAAAAUAUUAAAGAUUUGUUUAGAAUAAUUUAUAGACUUUGGAUUCAAAUUUCACACGAGUGUAAUGUCUUUUGAAUUAGAACUAUAUCAAUAGUAUAAAAGGAAAACAAAAGUUAUUUAA